AAGGGUUUAAUCUGCUGAAAAUGUAUGGCAGGACCUGAAAAUGGUUGUCUAGCAUUGAUCAACAACCGAUUUGACAGAGCCUGAAGAAUUUAGAAAAGAACAAUGGGCAAAUGUUGCACAAUCCAGGGAAGAGACUUCACUCUGACGACGUCACCUGGAGAAAUGCCAGAGUUGACUUCCGUCACAUGUUCAAUGGAGACUACCACUUUGAUGGGGAGACAUUCGUGGAGGGGCGGAAACUCAUCACAGAUGGUGUGAGCUCUGUCAAAGCCAGCAUCAAGCGAGGGAACUUUGAGGCAGCAAGACAGAAGCUGGGAGACAUUUUACACACCUUACAGGACUUCUACAGUCACAGUAACUGGAUAGAACUGGGCAACAGAUUUCCCAAUUCCAAUCUCAUCAGAUCAGACGUGUCGGACAUCGGCCCUGUUGCAGGUUGAUGUUCCUCUGAAGAGACCAGGGGUGUAACAUUCAGGUU